AUGACAACACUUGUUGAUUUAAGGCACUGGGUCUGUGGUAGCAGACUCACACUGAUGAAGACACACAGCAACCCCCACCCCUCCCACUGGUUCACUGAGCAACUCAACUCUCACUUCCCCUCUUUGAGCACCCUGUCCCUCUGCCAUGCACUCAGCCCCUUUUCUUCCAGGAGUGUGACUGGGGCGGGGGGAGGGUGCAAGCUAGUGCUGAGUGCUACAAGGAGCACGGGCCUCCCAGUAGGUCUGCAGAACCAGGGCUCCCUGUUUCUGGCUUUGUCUUCUUGCCUGCUUUUUGAGGGGCUCAGUGGUAAAGAAUCUGCCUGCGAUGCCGGAGAAGAGACAUGGGUUCUGUCCCUGGGUUGGGAAGAUCCCCUGGAGGAGGAAAUGACAACCCACUCCAGUUUUCUUGCCUGGGGAAUCCCAUGGACAGAGGAGCCUGGUGGACUAGUCCAUAGUAUUGAAAAGAGCUGGACACAACUGAAGAGGCUUAGCACACACCCAUGCUGCUUCUGA